AUGUCCACAACGAUAGUUGAUGGCGCACAAGCGCCCGAGUCAGCGGUGACGAAGCCUCUGGGGAUGCGGAAAAACGGCAAGCAAUGGCACGCGCCCAAAAAGGCCUUCCGACCAGGGUCCGGCUUGACGUCCUACGAGCAGCGAGCAAAAACGAGAGUUGCACAAGCCGCUACAAAGGCGAAAGAGAAGGAGCUUAAAGAAGAAAAGGAAGCCGAGCGAAAGAGACGGAUGCAAGCUCUAGUAGAGAAGCGAGCGGCGAAGGCAGAGAAAGAGCGAUAUGAGCUGUUGGCGGCGAAGAUGCACAAAAAGCGGUUGGAGCGGUUGAAGCGCAAGGAGAAACGCAAUAAGCCACAUGCCACAAUGGCGCCCUUGGAGGAGGAUGCAUGGAGGCACGGUCAAAGGAAGGAGGUUGGCAGCUUCAGAAUGGUUCACCCACCCGGCUUCCUCCCCGUAUAUGCCCGCGGAAUUGUUUCGGGUAGCAACAUCGAAGGGUUAGCCUCGAAGAAGUGGGACAGGGCCUGA